AUGGUCACAGCAAUUCGGUCUGAGAAAUCGGAGCUGUUGUUCCCGGCGCGGCCCGCGAACAAUGGAAAACUACCGGAGGCGGGGGAUGGAGGUGACGUGUCACGUGUCGUGGCUGUCUAUCGUUUUGCUGAUGACGAAAACGAAGACUCAUAUUUCGCUAUGGCAGCCGCGGAGGCUGAGCAACAGCCUCGUCGGGCAGAUGGCAGCUUGCCGUGCGAAGACCUAGUGCGCGGGGUGGUGGAGGGAUCCCAUCUCCACGCAAAAACUGUCCACGGGCGCUCCGCGCCAAGUUGCAUGACGAGGUACUCUUGCGCUGUGGAGCGUGAAGUCUACAAAAGAUGGAAAAAGACCCCCGCGGCAUUGCAGGCAGGCAGGUCGUGCAGAGACGACGAGCCUGUGGUGGAUGAUGAGAGGAGCAAUACAGAAGUUGUAGUUUCUGGCGCAACAAGAGAUACAAGGAUAUGUCGUACUCGGCCGAACGACGAGGGUUGUUCUCUUCAGGGUUCAUGUCGAAGCAGCAACCCCAAGCUUCUGAACACCACUGAGUCCAGCAGUGAGGACGACGCCGCGACGUCCUCCUCCGGGCUUCGAAACCGGAAGCAGAUAGUUGGCAGGUCAUCGCCGUCUGGAGCUUCGUGUAGGGAGCUCGGCGUCGUGAGUGAGUCUGUGCAAGACCACAGGCUUGAGAUUGAAGCCUCGUCAUCACAAAUGAAGGAGGCCGCUUCUCCUGGUAGACCGCAGAAGUGCGCUGCUUUCCCUGCAUGUGCAAAACGUGCGGAGGAGCACGACUUGGGGCCUUGGAACUUCUUGCAGAACUACACAAGCCUCGAACAACGACUCGACGCCAUUUGGCGUGCCGUUGGUCCGAGUGACGGCCCGGAUAUGCAGCGGCUAAAGCAGGUCUUGAAAGAAAAUUGCACACAAAUUCGGGUCGCAAUUGUAGGACCUCAGAGUGAUAAUGACGCGAUCGACGUUUCCCACGAGAAAGAGCAGACCAAUGAUGCUCAUGGUGAGGACAGAAACGCUUUUGGGCCGAGCAAUGCGGUGGUCCUGUACUCCUUCAAAGACGGCAGCACCUUUUUCGGAGCGCCCCCGUUUCCGGAGGGUUCUUCGUCCACGUAUAUUCAUCCAGGUGCAAAGAUACCGAUAAACAUAGAUAUUUUUCCAAAUAGAUCUUACUUCUAAAUUUCUCAAAAACUUGACAUUCAUAACUUGCAAUCGUCGCUUGCCGGGUGCAGACAGCAAAAAAAGAUCCAAGUGGUGAGAAAGCCACUAGUGUCGUGAAUUUGUUGACCUGUGAGCCGGCUUCUACUUGUACUCGUGAGGGUGUGGGUUUUUUUCGCGCCGUAAAGAACUUGCUGGUGUGCAGUAUGGGCGCGAACGUUCUAACGCGGCAGUGUUCUACUUGCUGCGUCUUGUCAUGUGUCAUUUUUGGCCCGAAAUUUCUAAGCUGCCAAAGAAAGCGUCCUAGUCCUUCGACAUGAAAAAAGUCCAGCGCCUCAGUCUGUUUGGCUUUGCGUUUGGGGCCAAACAAGCCCACCUCAUUGCUAUGGGUUACCGCUCGAAAAACGACGCAAGUAGUAACCGCCUGACUCUGCCCAGUUGUGUCAGCGAAAAUAAAGUGAGCGCAACAAAGAGCUUGGCCGUAUGGCGGGACCGGAAAAUUUCGGCUGUUUUGGCGAUCGCGAUAGCGGUCACCGCCAGGGCCAGUUUUAAGCCUCUCGGCAGGAGCUUUGCAAAAGUCACACUCUUGGAAAAGUAAAGCGUAUAACUAUGCGCGGAAAACGCAACGCUCGCGAGGUUUCGGAAGUUUUUGCGCAAGGUAUAGACGGCAUGCGACUCGUCACGCAUGCCCGUGCCAUACUGUAGACGCAGGGAGUAAAAAAAAAGCGACUAUCUGUCUACUGUAGUGCCUGAGGCUGAGCGGAGGACCAGGGCACACCUAGUGCGGUAGCUUCCGAGUGGCGUGCAGGCAUGCGUUGUUGCUAUAAAAUUCCGGCGCUAUGCUACUCGCCACGCCGCUAGGUGGCCUGCAGUGCCCAUGUUGGGGGCCAAGAGGUAUUUUUUGGUAGUGGAGCACCUCCUGGGGCAGAGGGUACGCUUGCCCGGCAGUACCCGAGUCGGUUAAAACUACAACUAAUCAUCGUGCUACUGCUCGGCGCAGGGUAUAGACGCAAUGCUACUCCCCCAUGCCAUACCGUACAAACCCUUGCGACUCAUCUCCAUUCACAGAUUGUGAAGAAGGUCAAGACUUUCGAAAGAAAUAGUUGUGGAGUAGUAGUGCUUCACUUCGUCGUGACCAUAUUUAUAAAUAUACAUAGUAUCAAAAUCUAUAAUUUCUGUGUUGGAGGCUUUUAUUGGGUUUUCAUGAUUAGGAGUAUAUCAUUCUACUUGCAGAUCCUUCACUAGCGAGCUUCUAUCGAGUUCAUAACGGCGUCGGGCUCGUCUUAUCUCCAGAGAAGGAUUUAUGGAGACUAUUAAGAAAUCCAAAGGAGUUUCAGGGCGGCUCAGCCUUUUACGUAUUUCCUGCCAGCCUAAGAUACGAAGCGGGCCGUUGCCAGUCUUGUCACUCUUCGGGGAAGACGGGUCAUAACAAUCCCGAUGGAUCGUCUUCACCUGGACCUGUUCACCUUCUCGGCCGCAUAGACAAGAAUUGUCUGGUUUUGUGCAAAAACAGCACGGACGAUGACCCCUGCCAAGCGCCGCGCAGGAGUGCAGUUGGAUAUGCGGACAGCGGAGGCACUAUCGAGUGGACUUCGGACGAGGCGCCCAUAGUGUGUAUGGCAAGUCGAAAGUUCCAAUACCACCAAACUGCUUCUGGGUGAGGACGAGGGACGCUCCGGAGUGACUUUUUGAUAUUCCCGAAUCAGCAUCAACAUUUGCAUUAGGACAACUCUCAUCUCAUGUACAUGUUCAUGCAGCUUCUGCGUCGGCACUCUUCCGGGGUAGUUAGUUUCAAGGAAGUUCUUGCAACACAGUUACAGACGCAAAAAGCCAGGUCGAGCAGCAACAGAAGCGCCAUGGUGAUAUAAACUCGCACUAGAAGGCGCGUCCUAUUGUUCGCGCGAGCUGAGCGUGAGCACGGUCACGGUGUGCUCUACUGCAUGGAAUUGAUGGGCGUCCCGGUUGGCAAUCUGCCAAGCUCGGUCGUAGCAGCGCGACGGUGAAUCAACAACAAAGAAAUAGGUACAGCAUGUAUCGCGGUGGGCGACUAUGCUCGUGUACAUACACCCGCUCCCGGCAAAGAAAACUAGCCUGUCUUUGACCGGUUUCGAUAACCGAUAAGCGCACGUAUAAUUCUGCAGCUGGAGUUUCUUGUGGUUUGGGAUUCGACGUUGCAUACACGUCGUUCGAGCGACGAUCGAAAACUUCGUUGGAGUUCUACAGUCGAGCUGCAGUCUCGACUGCCUGCACUAG